GUCAAUACAAAGUAGAACAUUUAGAUAAAGUAUCUAAAGCUCUUUACGAAGAAUAUGGUGACAUCGUUAAAGUUGAUGGUUUAUUAGGAAAACCAGAUAUGUUAUUUAUUUUUAAUCCAGAUGAAAUUGAAAAUGUUUUUCGACAAGAAGAUUCGAUGCCUUUAAGACCAUCAAUGCCAUCGUUGAAUUAUUAUAAACACGUGUAUAGAAAGGAUUUUUUUGGCGAAGAAGCUGGAGUUAUUGCAGUACAUGGUGAAAAUUGGCAAAUAUUUCGCUCGAAAGUCAAUAAAAUCUUAUUACAACCGAGAAUUGCUAAAAUGUACAUGAAACCAAUUGAAAAGGCUGCUCAAGAAUUUGUUGAAAGAAUUGAAAAAAUUAAAGAUUUAAACCAGGAAGUACCUGAAAAUUUCUUAAAUGAAGUGCAUAAAUGGUCGCUGGAAUCAAUUGCAAGUGUAGCCCUUGACGUCCAAUUGGGAUGUCUUCAAGAAAAUUACCCGGAAGACACACAAAUUUUAAUCGACGCUGUUAACGAAUUUUUUGUUAAUGUUCCAAUUUUAGAAUUAAAAACACCAUUUUGGACUUUUAUGAAAAAUCCAAUGUAUUACCCAACUUUUAAACGCUAUAUUGAAGCUUUAGAAACAAUAAGAAAAAUUUGCUUAAAAUACAUCAACAAAUCAUUAGAAAACGCAUCAUUAAAACAAAACCAAGAACCAUCUGUUUUACAACGAGUUUUAAAAAUGGAUAAUAACAUUAAAACGGCUUGUAUUUUAGCGUUGGACAUGUUUUUAGUUGGAAUAGACACGACUUCUAAUUCCGUGGCUUCUAUAUUAUAUCAAUUAGCUUUACAUCCAGAAAAACAACAAAUUCUUUAUGAUGAAAUUAAAAGAGAGAUGGGAGAUAACAAGGAUUUAAAUGAACAAAGAAUUGAAAAUUUAACAUAUCUGAAAGCUUGUAUAAAAGAAACUAUGAGAAAAUAUCCUGUUGUUAUUGGAAAUGGCCGAACAACAAAGAAAGAUUGCAUAAUCGGGGGAUACCACAUUCCCAAAGGAGUUCAUAUAAUUUUUCCUCAUAGCACUAUUUGCAAUACGGAAAAAUUCUUUGAAAAAAGUGAUGAAUUUUUACCAGAAAGAUUUCUAAAAAGCUGCCCUAUUCGUUUAAAUUCUAAAGAAGCUCAAGAUAAAAACGAUUUAAAUCCAAAUAACCACCAUCCUUUCGCAUCUUUACCAUUCGGUUACGGAAAACGAAUGUGUUUAGGAAGAAGAUUCGCUGAAUUGGAAAUACAAACUGUUAUCGCCAAAGUUAUUCAAUCAUACAAAGUUGAAUAUCAUCAUAAAUUAUUGGAUUAUCAUGUUCACCCAAUGUACACACCAAAUGGACCAUUAAAAUUAAAAUUUAUUAAACGUAAUUAA